GUGACAAAGAGUAAUGAGAAAAGCUAGAAGAAGAGAUUGCUAUUGAAGGAUUUGGGGUUUUUAUUAAAGGUGGUGGCAUCUGAUUUACAGAUUGCAUAAACUCAAAUUAUAAUAAGCAAAUAUAGGCGGAAAAUGUACCAGAGAAGGACGAAUUUGAGUAAAACAUGCAGGUUGGAGAAGUGCAUUUGUUCAGUUGGAAAAGAUGAUGAGUGAAUUAACUGUAACAUAUUCUGAUUUGCAACUUCAACCUUCAUCUCAGCCACAGAGAAGACAAAGGCUUGCAACUUCUGAAAGAAAAAGUUCUUUACAUUGUAAGCACCAAGAUCUUUGUACUUCAUCUCCAUGGAAAUUCAUUGCAGUGAUUCCGUGGAUCAUUUGCCUGAUGCUUACUUGGUCUGUUGGAAUCUUAGCCACAAUGUUGCAUCAGAAAUCAUGUCAAGGGGAAGGAUAUCCAGGAAAUCUCUCCUCUAACAAGGAAGCAAAUAAAACAUUUCAAAUUCAGAGUUAUCCUACCUGUUCAAACAACUGGCAUCAACAUGGAGAAAACUGUUACUAUUUUUCAAGGGACAUACAUCCUUGGGAAAAAUGUAACCAUUAUUGCAUUGGUUUAGAGUCAAGCUUUCUUAAAUUGAAUAUGGAAGAAGAGAUGAAUUUUGUAAUAAAAUUGUCAAAGAUGCAAUGUGGUCUAUUUCAAGCAAAGUUUUGGAUCAGUUUAUACUACAACAAUGAGCAACUAAAAUGGGUCUGGCUAGAUGGCACAGAUGUUACCCUGUACAAGCUUAAAAUUCAAGGACUUGAGAAUGCUAACAAUAAAUGUGUACAUAUAAAAUUUGGCCAGGUGAUUGCUGAAGAUUGCCAGAAUAAUGGUUAUUGUAUCUGCAAGAAGAUAAUAUAUUAGGAUUAAAUAAAAUAUACCAGAAAGAAAAAAAAAAUGGAAAAGAAACACCUGAAAUUCCCCAGUGUGAUGACUUCAACCAUGAAAAAUACUUACUUAGCUGAAAUUAGAUAUCAUUAAAUAUUGAAGCCCACCUAUUAUUACUCACCUUUAAUUCAUAAUACGUUGAUAAGAAAAAUCUAUGUUCUGAGGUGGUUGACCAAUCCAGCAGGGGAAUCCCAGUCCUGGCCCCAGGGCCAUUCCAGGUUUUCCCCUAGCCCCACUGGCUGAAGCCACAAGAGUGGCACAGAUAUGGAAGUAAAAGUGUAUAAACUACCCCCUUUGUUUGUGCUCAGGGCUCAGACCUUGAGAGAUUACUCUCCUCUGGGCCUGCUGGCUUAAA